AUGUGGUGGUCGAAAUGGUUGAUGCACUUCAACUUCUCAGAACGCCUUGCCAAAUGGUUCACCACUCUCUCUCCCAAGGAGAAAGCCAAGAUCAUCAAGGAUGUGACCCAGCUGGUUCUGUCGCGUCGCACCCGCAUGUGCAAUUUCCUCGAAUACAAAGACACCAAGGUCGUCUACCGUCGCUAUGCCUCCCUCUUCUUCAUCGCCGGUUGUGCGUCUACCGAUAAUGAAUUGAUCACCCUCGAGGUCGUGCAUCGUUACGUCGAGCAGAUGGACAAGUACUACGGCAAUGUCUGCGAGCUGGAUAUUAUUUUCAACUUCCAAAAGGCAUACUUCAUCCUCGAUGAGCUAUUGCUGGCGGGAGAAAUGCAGGAGAGCAGCAAGAAGAAUGUAUUGAGAUGCAUCAGCCAGCAGGACAGUCUGGAAGACAUGGAGCGAGCCAUACCAUCAUCUUCUGUCGACGUCAGCUAA